AUGGUCUACGUUCUCCUCAUCUUCCUACUUAUCGGACAAUAUGCUGCUAUGAGCCCCGUGCCGGCAGAAGGGAUCAGUUUGCCAGUAGCAGAGUCUUCCCUUCUGCCUGGAUGUCCAGUUCUGAUCAACGCAGGAUCAGACGCAAAAGAUGAUACUUUUUCCCCGCCAAUUAGUACUCUGCCCUAUGAGAUCAAAGAACAGGAAGAUGACGACCUUGAGAAGGCCAAUCAUCAAAUCAAUCACGGUUUCACGGUACCCCAAGGUCAUCCGGGAAGAACCGCCCAACAUCGCAGUAUCACUAAGCCCCAGAAAUUCACUUCAGAAAUUAACUAG